UCACGAUUAUCUUUGAAAAGUAUAUCAGGAACACCUUAUCGUCGAGUUAUGUUAUCGUCACUGUAACAACUCGCAAUCUUCAUUUUCAAACCCCCUCUUUCUCUUCUCUUCUUCCUUUCUUCAUUUCUCUGUUACAGUGACAGUGACAGUGUAAACGAACACCAUUUCUCUUUACAAUGCCGUGUACAAUUUCUAUAUCAGCUCCUUCUUACUCCAUCACUCCCUUCUUCACAUUCACAUCUUCAAAAUCAACUCAAAUCUCUCAUAUUUCUCAUACACCCCCAAAAUCACUCACUACACAAACCCGUAAAACCACAUCUUCUCACCACUUUCAACGACUUAUAACAAAAGCAACCGUUUCAAUUGAAAAAGAAACACCAGAAUCAGAACGCCCCGAUACAUUUCUUCGCGGCGUCGACAACGACGGAGCCACCGCAUCUUCCGUUCGAGCUCGAUUCGAGAAGAUGAUAAGAGAAGCACAAGAUAAAGUGUGUAAUGCAAUUGAACAAGCUGAUGGUGGUGGAAAAUUCAAAGAAGAUGUUUGGUCAAGACCUGGUGGUGGUGGUGGGAUUAGUAGAGUUCUUCAAGAUGGUGCUGUUUGGGAGAAAGCUGGUGUUAAUGUUUCUGUUGUGUAUGGUCAAAUGCCACCUGAUGCUUAUCGUGCUGCUAAGGGUGCUGCCGCCGCUUCCAGUGAUCAGAAGCCCGGGCCUAUUCCUUUUUUCGCAGCCGGAAUUAGCUCUGUUUUACAUCCCAAAAACCCAUUUGCCCCAACCUUGCAUUUCAAUUAUCGCUAUUUUGAAACCGAUGCUCCCAAAGAUGCUCCUGGAGCACCUAGACAAUGGUGGUUCGGUGGGGGAACCGACUUAACCCCUGCUUACAUUUUUGAGGAGGAUGUCAAGCACUUCCAUUCAGUUCAAAAACAGGCUUGUGACAAGUUUGAUCCUACCUUUUACCCCCGAUUCAAGAAAUGGUGUGAUGAUUACUUUUAUAUCAAGCACCGAGAUGAAAGGAGAGGACUUGGAGGAAUAUUUUUUGAUGAUCUAAAUGACUAUGAUCAGGAGAUGCUUCUUUCCUUCGCUACUGAAUGUGCAAACUCUGUUAUUCCCGCUUAUAUACCUAUCAUAGAGAAAAGGAAGGAUUUGCCCUUCACAGAUCAUCAGAAAGCAUGGCAACAACUGCGAAGGGGACGAUAUGUUGAAUUUAAUUUGGUAUAUGAUAGGGGUACAACAUUUGGACUAAAAACUGGAGGUAGAAUAGAGAGUAUUCUUGUUUCUCUCCCACUGACUGCUCGGUGGGAAUAUGAUCAUAAACCAGAAGUAGGAAGCGAAGAAUGGAAACUCUUAGAUGCAUGCAUUAACCCUAAGGAAUGGCUCUAAUUUAUCAGUUAACCACCCAAUUUGGUAGCUUUUUUCAAUAAAAUAAGAUAGUUUGUAUUCUUCUUCCGGUGUAUAUCAUGUACUUGUAAGAUGAGUGACAACUGUUUUAGCUUCCUAAUAGGUGGAUUGUAAAUCACAUGUUUUACAUUUUUCACCGAUGUUGUAAAAUUAUGCAAAUUAAAAUUGUUUAGACUGCGCUGUACUGUGGCCUCUCUUAGUACUACCCAUUGUUCCUCAAGAA